CUCCCUCCCUCCCCCCUCGUCUCCCUCCCGCACCGCCUACGCUCAACUUCCUCUACUCGCUAUCGCCACCUCAACCCCCGGGCUCCCCUUGCCAGCCGCCGUCAUGGCUGGGCGUCGACUCAGGGCGAUCUCCAACUCGACUGUCGCAACCAUCGAUGACGCAGCCAUACAGUAUUGCACAGAGGACUCCCUGCUGAAGCCGGUGCCUCCCACCAUACACUCCGACCACUGGCCUUGCUUCCUACUUGUGGAUGCCACAAUCUACCAUAAGAAUGGCACGAUUGCGAACCAGCUGCAUGUCGAAUUGGAAGGGCCCUUCAUUAUUCGUGGCAGGGUCGAGAUCGAGAAAGACCAGGAUGAAUUUUUGGUAAACCGUAACAUCAAGAGCCGGUCGGUGUGGAUACAAAUCCAGAACAGCAUGACCUUCGCUAUCGGCAUGAACAAUGCGCCUGUCCUCUGGGCUGGUGGCGUAGCGGGCUGGUACGAGAUUGUCCCCUCUGACGCGUACAAGGCCACAUGCGACAUCAUGUUCCAGGGCAUAACCCUCUUCUUCGCGUUGGAUCAAUAUGACGAGACCCCCAAGACGGGACGAGGCAAUGGCAAGAAGAGCAAGCACAAGACCCGAGCCGAUCCAGCCUUACCUCUUGACGAUAUGCUUUUUCAAUAUGCCGUAACGGUCGGCGACGGGAUUACCUUGCCAGAAGCGUACGAUCGGUUGAAAAGCCAAUCUAUCUUCCUCCUUUCGCAUUUUCCCAAGGGCACCCGGUUUUAUGCCUGGCUGACGAGCGAAUUUCCUAAAAAUGCACAGAAAUUUGUUGCCAAGGAUUCCGACGAUCUCAAAGCUGCUCGAACCUUGGAUCCUAGCCCUCUAACUGCGGUGCCGUAUUCGUCCCUGGGGAAGUCCAACUCGUUUGAGGUUGCCGUUAGGAAGAGGAAGGACAAGGCCUCCUUGACGGGAACGGCCUUGAGGAAUCUUCGCAACAGCGCGACCGCUGAUCCCGAGGUGAUCGAUAUAUCAAGCGACGAACCACAAAGCCGAGGGACCAAGGCUCCCAAGACUAAAAAUAAAUCGUCUAUCAAUACUCGGUCCGACUCUGUCAAAAGCACAGAUGCAACAAUGUUGGACGUUCCCGACGACACUGCGUACUACAACGUAGCCUCUACGCAUCACCUAGGUGGGGCGCGGCCCCCCCCCAACGCGGCCGCCAAAGUUGACACGACGCAGUCGAAUUUCCAGGGGGGGAAAAGAUCCGACAGCCGUGGCAUAUCUGCGCUGCUCGAGGCUUUGCAGUACUUGCGAAAUGAUAUGUUAGAGAAGGUCAAGAAAGGAACGCAGAAAAAACAGCCGGAUCAUGUGACUCCUAAGGGUUGGUUUAAUAACCUCUACUUCCAGAUGAGCACUAAAUCCCCUGCCGCGGUGCCCGAGUUGUGUCAAUACUACGCCCGGGAUUUGGCACGACUACUUGGACCGGAAUGGCACAAAAGCAACUUCUACUUGUGGGUAAAGGAGCGUGUCGAUACGCCACCAACGUUCGACCUUAUUACCGAGGAAGACAUGAAGACAGUGAGGAGACGCCAUCAGAAAGCUAAGCCUACCCGUGACGAGACCAGUGCCACUAUAGAAGAACAGCAGAGGAGUGCAUCCAGUGGUGGGAAGCAACCACAAAGAGGACGUGCCGGGGGUAAGGUAGCUGGCCUUCGUCCUCCUACGGGUAGUAAGAAACGCUUGCGCCAGGAAGCGAGCUUCGACGAGGACGAAAUGGAGCUCGACGAGGAUGGAUCGCUGAAGACGUCGAAGAGGUCGCGAUACUCUGCUGACGACGAUCGUGGCGAGGAAGAAGGUGAUGAAACCUCAACGGUUAGCGACGCCGAAGAGGAAGAGGAGCCGACUGCCCGAGUAGUAACCCGCGCCGAAAACUUACCUUCUACGACACCGACAGGACCAAACCAAACAUGGACAUGCGGAGAGCCCGAUUGCGAUUAUGUCGUCCGAGCCGCCAACCAGGAAGAGGGCCAGGCACUCAUCGCCCAGCACCACGAGGAGCACGAAAAGGCGGCCCAAGACGAGGCUAAGCAAGCUGCCUUGAGCAGGGCGAACCUCGCGCUGAAGGAAUCGCAAGGGUAUAUGCCUAUCAAUAACCUGCUCGCAAAGAUCCGUAGCCUCGGCGACAAGACGGAAAGGCGAAACGAGGUACGGCUCAACGGCCAGACACUCCCGCAGCCUAUCAAACGCGGCCUCUUGAUAUAGCCUGCCUCAUCGGCGCCAUACCAGGUAGCGGCACCGUAUUAUCCGCGAGGCUCUCUCCCUACCCUCCCUCUCUCCCUUCUACCCUAGACUAUUAAUCAGGCGCGGAAACGGUGUUAUAUCUCUCGGUCUCAUGUCCAGCGCGAGCUUAUCAAA